AGUGUAGUUGUCAAUUGAGGGCGCUAUUCAUUGUUACCUUUAAAGUCUCGUUAUUCCGUACAAUUUAUCUCUCAAAAUCAGCCCAUACGUUCAUGAAAGUCAUCUUUAGCUAGUUACAUGUAAUCUCAUAAGUCAAGCCGAAGGGUUUAGAGAUCAUCCUACCCCAGCGUACAAAAUCUUCCACCUAUCUUCCACCGUCCUUCCGUUAACUUCCAAACAACUGAACCAUUAUCUUCCUACAUGUAGGCCUACCUUUCUGAAACCAUUCCGUUCAUUAAUCGACCAAACAAAACCUCAGAACUCAGAUCAUUACUAGUUGUAAACCGGACAUUCAGAAAUCUUCAUCCAUAAAUUUGCAAAAGUUUAUUCCAAGUUACUGAAAUUCUACUCUAAUUUUCUACAUAGUUCUGUGUAAACUGUUUCACCAAUGCGUGACUUUAAACCAAUCGGAACCAAAAUAAGGAAGUGUGAUUGUACAAUGGGACUUCAGUGCAUGUACACCUCAUCAUUUCAAUCCAGCUGUACACUCUUCAUUAUUUGAACGUCUAACACAGUCUGAGUUUGGAACUAGCCGGACAAAACUGCUUCGCAUGACCAAAAUGUACCAUCCUGAAAAAGCUGCAAGUAAACAUUCUGCUAAUGUUCUGUAAUUUUCAUGGCAAUCCAAUAUGGCGGCAGAUCACUCGUGGACAAGUAUGGUGUACGACAUUUGUAUCGUUGGGGCCGGAUUAUGGGGUUCUUCAGCGGCCAGACACGCCUCGUUGCCUGGUCGCAAGGUGUGUCUUAUUGGACCUAGCGAACCACUGGAAAAGGAUCGCCCAUCGCGGGACAUUUUCGCCUCUCAUUAUGACGUCGCACGAACAGUGCGCAAAUGUCAGGGAAGCAAUCACUUUCGGAGUUUGAUGACAAUGAGAGCUUUUAAAGGUCUUCAAGACUUGGAAGGAACCACAGGCAUACAACUCAACGCAGCAGCGGGUCACAUCUUCUAUGGAAAGGAUAUCGAAAGCAAAAUGGCGCCAAUAGCCAAGGAAGAAGGGGUUCUCUUGACGGCAGAGGACGUCCAUCAAAGGUAUCCAUUCUUGGACACAAGCCGAUAUGGCGACACCGCCAUGUUGUUCCCAAUUAACGGUGGCCACGCAAACCCUCGUAUGAUCGUCCAUGCGGAACAAAAGGCAGCCACACUGCAAGGUUGUGAUAUCUUCGAUGACGUGGUUGAGUCGGUGGGGGAGUCGGGGAGCCACACUCACGGCGAGCCAGUAAUGAGGGUUUUGACUAAAAAUGGGCGCCAUCUCUUGGCCAAGAAGGUGUUACUGUGCACGGGCGCGUUCACACAGCUCAAGGAUCUUCUACCGCCCUCUACGGAACUGGAUUUUGGAAUUGACGGGACGUUCACAGUUCGACUGGAGGUUGGGGAAGACGAUUUGGAGAAGAUUUCCAGCAUGCCUACUAUGACAUCGUUCACAGACCCUGAAUGGAACUGUUACAUGCUUCCGCCGAUAAAGUACCCGGAUGGGAAAUACUACGUCAAGAUAGGACCAUUAAACCAGGACCAGCGGAGAUUGACCAGCCUCAAGGAAGUCAAAGACUGGUUUCUGUCUAAGCCCGAUCCGAAGUUGGUGGAAAAGUACAGAGAUUUGCUUUUGAGUAUCGUUAAAGGUUUCAAUCCAGUCUCUGUCAAAGCCGAUAUGUGCGUAUGUUCACGCACGCCGACUGGACUCCCCUACUGUGAUAUGGUAUCGCCCAGACUAGGCCUUGCGGUUGGUGGAAACGGCUGUGGGGCAUUGCUAUCUGAUGAGGUGGGGAGGAUGGCCGCUGAGAUGAUCGCUGGAGGGGAGAAUUGGAAUCGAGACAUACCGAGGGAGAUGCUGAAGGCUCAGUUCAUCACACCACCUUCAAACUUGUGAUUUAAUUGAUGGGCUAGCUCAUUCUUCUUUAGAGUUUCGUUAUUUUGAAGUGAACCAUCGUGCACGAUCAUUUAUGCUUUGGGCAUUGCUUUCUGUCAAAGCAACACAAUUGCAAGAAAUCUUGCAUACUAUCUCUGUUCGGUUGCUACCAUACAUUUUCAGGAAAAAACAAAUCAAAUUUGGGGGGUCAGAUAUAGGCCAAUGCUGCAACGCAUGUAUUGCCAACGCAUAAGGUGUUCCCGCCGACACACAGUUUUAAAGCUAAUUCAAUGAUUGUUUUAUGUGAACCUUUUGAUGCAAUAAUUUUAUAGGGUACUUAGGAUCAGUUUAAUCUUCACUUUGAGUGAGUAUUUCACAUAUAAAUUGGUUGUUACUUGUCCGCGUUAUUGCCAGUGUUCCUAAUUGCCUUCAAUACGGCACUGUCAGGCAGUGUCAAAGUAUUGUGCGUCGUCUCACAAAUUGACUUCUGUUAAGUCUCUGUGUACAAAAUGUUAGACUUUGUUCCAGUUUGUUGACUCUUACCUUAUCUUACCUUCAAUGAUUGUAAUCAAACUGCAUUCAAUAAAUGUUCAUUGGCAUAGAAUGGCCAAAUGACAAUAUUGGCUCAUGCGUAAUGUGCAUGUUACAUAA